UUAAGUCAUCAUGUGACAAUUUCAGACGAAGUUCAUUAUCAAACAAACUGUCAUCUUUGAUUUUCAUCGCAUAUCCCAAUGGAGGCUUCAUCCAGUACUGCCUCCAUGAUUUUCGUGUCAUUCGUGCUUUUGGUCCUUGCGAAAUUCGAGAGCGCUUCAAGUGUUGUUGCUUUCACAAAUGCCACUUGCAUCAAGAGGGAGAGGGAAGCUCUUCUCGAAUUCAAGCACAGCCUCAUCGACAACUCCAAUCUCCUGUCAUCAUGGGUUGGAGAUGACUGCUGUUCGUGGAAGGGAGUCAGAUGCAGCAAAUGGACGGGCGGCGUCCUGAAGCUCGACUUUCGAAGUGCAUGUGUUAAAUCACAAAACUGGUUUCAGAUCUGGAAAAUCAAAGAGCCUGCAGAACUUGUCCAUGCAACUCAGGAAGUGCUGUAACCAUCCUUACCUCUUCGUGGGAGAGUACAACAUGUGGCGCAAGGAUGAGAUUGUAAGAGCGACAGGAAAGUUUGAGCUGCUUGAUCGCUUGCUCCCCAAGCUACGCAGGGCUGGGCACAGGGUCCUUCUAUUCUCCCAGAUGACCCGUCUCAUUGACAUUCUUGAAGUUUAUCUUCAACUUCAUGAUUUCAAGUAUCUCAGACGUGAUGGUUCAACGAAAACCGAGGAAAGAUGCCGCAUGCUGAGUCAGUUCAAUGCCCCCGAUUCACCUUACUUCAUGUUUCUUCUGAGCACUCGUGCUGGCAGGCUAGGUUUGAAUUUGCAGACAGCGGACACAGUAAUAAUUUUCGAUAGUGAUUGGAAUCCUCAAAUGGAUCAGCAGGCAGAGGAUUGGGCCCACCGGAUUGGGCAGAAGAAGGAAGUCAGUUUUUGUGUUGGUUAGCAUUGGGUCAAUUGAAGAGGUAAUACUGGAGCGGGCAAAGCAGAAAAUGGGUAUUGAUGCCAAGGUCAUUCAAGCAGGACUCUUUAAUACUACUUCCACAGCUCGGGACAGAAGAGAGAUGUUAGAAGAGAUAAUGCGAAAGGGCACGAGAUCACUGGGAACUGAUGUCCCGAGUGAAAGAGAAAUCAAUCGCCUUGCUGCCCGAUCAGAUCAAGAGUUUUGGCUCUUCGAGAAGAUGGAUGAAGAGAGAAGGCAGAACGAGAACUACAUUGCCCGCCUUAUGGAAGAUCAUGAAGUGCUUGAAUGGGCUUAGGCCGCACCAGAUUCAAAGGAAGCCAAGUCCAAAGGUUUCGAUAUCAGUGGAAUCACUGGAAAAAGAAAAAGAAAAGAGGUUGUUUAUGCUGAUACACUGAGUGAUCUACAGUGGAUGAAAGCAGUAGAAAAUGGGGAAGACAUCUCAAAGCUUAAGGUGAAAGGAAAGAGAAGGGAUGCCCCUCUCUCUGAGAAUAAUGAAUUGGGAAGCAGCAUGAAUGUGGUAUCAGAAUCUGGGAAUGAAAAUGGAGAAGAGGAGUCUAAGGCUGCGAGCAAGAAAGGCAGCGAAAGAGUUAGCAAUGGUGCAAUGUCAGAACCAAGAAGUGAAGUUAAAGGAGCGAUACUGAAGUUCUCAGUUAAGGGGAAGAGGAAAGAUCCGGUCCCUUCUACGAGCAAUGAGGUGGGUGGAGUUGGUCAUAAGAAUGUCUCGAUUGGUAGUGAAGACACGGGUAAAGAAGAUGCCUAUGGUCCAACCCCUAAGAGAUUGAAGUUGGAACAAAUCGAGAAACCAGACUCCAACAGUACGGAGGUGAUGGGCUGGAACAGGCAGAUCUUGACGUGGAAGACCCACAAGAAGAAGAGAUCAAGCUAUAAUUCUCAAACGACUUCAUCAGAUUCUAAGGGGCAGAGUUCCGGUGGAAGAGGGAACGGAUAGAACCGAUUACCAUCUUCCCUUUCCAUAUUUCUGAUCAAUUUGUCUGCCUCUGCAUUACAUACAUAGAUUCGAUGCCCUUCGACCUACUGAUUUGUGUUAUGGCCUUCAGCUCCGGGGGGAAAUGUUUCCUCAAUUGCUGGGGCAAUCUCUCCUGUGACUUCUGUUCAUUGGAGCAAAAUAUAGAUGAAAUUGUAUUUAGCAGCGAUUAGAAUGUGCUCUGUUCGAUAUCAUCUGGAGAUUAGGAAGUCGAGAGAACUAGAGAAGUUAGUUAGGGACGUGAAAGUACAAAACAACCAUCGGGGGCUACGAUUUUUUUAUUGAUCGAGCCAAGGAUGAAGAUGCCCGAGGAAUUUGUAUUAACUUAUAGAAAUGGAUGAUAAUAUGGGCACCGGUAUCAGUUUGUUGGUUCUCAAUGUUUUCCAUUUUGGGUAACUGCUGGCACAAAACUGAUUUCGCAUUUGAUUAUCAGAUAUUCAAGUCGUCACGGA